GAGCGACGCCCAACCGUCCGGGCUUUGCCCUCUUGGGAUGAUGACGAUCGAAAGAGAAACCCUUCUACCCUUUCCUUGCUCAGCUGAACUUGCUUGCCCGGUGUCACUGGAACGACCACCUCAAGGAAUCCAGAAGAAGGAUGUUAUCAAACCCAACUCAACAACAACCAACUAUCAAACCAUUCUUAAAGAACAACAACAACAACAGAACACCAACCCAUGAAAGAGUGACCAAGACCAGUAGGAUAACUGAGAUGAACUCAGCCCCAAACCAACACCAACAACAACAACAAGACGAAACUAACAACAUCGACAACCCAUAUAACGAGACACCCUCGACUGAACCAUUCAACAUCGACCCUGAUCUCGUCCGAGUCUUAGCCAAGAACCAAGCCAUCAUCGCCCGUUCUCCGCCCCGCUUCGUCCUCUUCCCAUCAUCAUCCGAUCACUCCACUAAACAACAACAACAAGAAGAAGAAGAAGAACGAUCAUUGAUCCAUAUCAUCAGUCGUACUCAAUUGGACAGAUUGGGUAGAUUGGCCGACUCGGAGCAGUUGUAUUUCAACGAAUUCAGUCGGAUCAUCAAGCUCAAAUACGACUCCUCUUGUCUCUAUCUCCAACAACGCUUGAACUUCCCCCUCCAUCUUGAGAAUAAGCUUAAUAAGGACGGCGGGCGUGGACAGCCGGCGUUCUUUUGUGCUGAUGGACGGCUCCAAGAUCGCCGGGAUUAUCGGGUGAUCAGGAACGAAUGGCCGUACGCGAUCCCGCGUGAUUACCAACACAUAGUGGUAUGGAGUAGACUGCCCUUACUAGACCCGAGCCAAGCGCGGACGUCGGCCGAACUCAAGCAGGCCCAUCACCAGGGUCUGUCGGGCUUCGAGAACCUCAGCCCAGAGCUCGUCGACCGGCUCACCCAGGCCGGCCUCAAUCCCGACCUCAAACUCACCCCCUUCCCUGCCCAUCAUCCGGGCGUUCGGGGAGAAAGAGCUGGGUUGGACGCUCAGAUUCGCGCGUUUAUCAGGACUCGUUGGCCGUAUUCCCGCGGAUUCAUCGAUCUCUUGUGGUUCCUUAAUCCCGUACAUCUCCAAUCUUGUCCCCAACUUCCUCACUUCCAUGUCUUUGUCAAAAAAACUACUUAAAUACUUCGUCACCAAUACAUCUCUCCUUCCUCCUUCUCAUGUUGCCCAUUCUGCAUCUGAUCGGCUUGUUGUAUUCUUACACCGUACUCUUCGUCUCUCUCCAUAAUCUCAAUCAUCUCCUCCCGUCCACUUUUUUUUUCUUAAAAAAACAAACAAGAACAAAAAAAGGACACUUCUCUUUUUGGUUAUGUCUCGAUCACUGUUUGGUGUUGUUGUUGUUGUUGUUACUUGUAUUACCGCCGAUUUAGUUUCUUUGUAUACACACAUGAAGGCCGACGUCCUCCCCUCUUUUCCGCGUUCUCAUCAACCCCCUCCAACCCCUCUCAACCCCUCAUUUCCUCAUGUCCUUCAUGUUUUUGUGAUGUUUUCUGAUGAUGAUGACUGCUAACUGAACAUAUAUACACAUAUAUGAUACUUAUGUGUGCACUACUUGACAUGAUUCUCUUCCCUAAAAAAAAAGUAGAAGGACUUUAGGAUUUGAGUUCAUUGUAAAGUAUAUGUACAGAAGGGAUUGUACUCAUAACCAGGAUCUGCACCAUACAACUAUGUGUAC